GAUGAAAGCUGAUUUCAGAGAGCAUGAAAGCGUCUUAUCAAUAUGGAUCAACUCAAUCAAGAGAAUAUUGGAAAUGUUCCCAGUCUGCAGUUCAUUCGAAAGAAUAACUGCACACUGUAAUUGAUAGCUCUAUCAUUAUGUUUUAAACUCGCGUGUGUAACGGAAUAUUUUAAAAUGUUUGAAAUAUACUGAGAAUAGUGUGCCAUUCUCAAUACUGACGAGGAAUUUAGAAGUAUAUCAUGUAACAAACCUGUUUAACCAUGCGAUUUGAGGCAUCAACUUUCGUCUUCGUGUUUGUGAAUGUAGAACUUUUCAAUCUGGUCAGGACAGACAAGGAGCUACAAGUACAUAUUGCCCCUCAAAAUGAGACAGGCGAACGGCCUCGGUACCUUACUAAAUCUAAAUCAGAAAGGCAAAAAACUAUUGACAAACUGUUGAACUCAUACGAUCCACGAAUACCACCCAAUUACGAAGAUGAUUUCCCAGUGGAAGUAUACGUACAGCUCCAUAUUACUAACAUUGACAGUAUUAGCGAAUCAAACAUGGAUUAUUCUAUUGGGAUGUUCUUACGUCAAACUUGGAAUGACAGCCGGCUGACAUAUACACCGAUUCCGAGACUUCGGUCGCUUGAACUAGAUUCCAGACUGAUGGAUAAAAUAUGGGUACCAGACUUAUUUAUAGCCAAUGAAAAAGAGGCUCAUUUCCACUCCGUAACAGUCCCAAACAAACUAAUGCACAUAUAUCCGGAGGGCCGCAUACAAUACAGCGUAAGAAUAACAGCAACGUUGAAAUGUAAUAUGGAUCUGCGAAAAUACCCUCUUGAUUACCAAAGAUGUUACGUCAUGAUGGAAAGUUAUGCGUAUAGUACAGAAAAUCUGAAUUUUAACUGGAAUCUGGUUCCGGUCACUGUAGAUCCACGGCUCAUGCUGUCACAGUUUGACUUAGGACAGAUGGAUACUUUACGAUGUGACAAGCAAUAUAAUGGAGUAAACUACACUUGCGUGAUGCUGGAAUUUGACAUGACGAGGAAUUUUGGCUAUUAUUUAACUCAAGUAUACAUUCCAAGUAUUUUAAUCGUUAUCUUGUCAUGGGUAUCAUUUUGGUUGGACAUGGACGCAGUUCCUGCACGAAUUUCUCUUGGUUUGCUAACCGUGCUCACUAUGACGACUCAAAGUUCUGGCGCCCGCUCAUCCCUACCAAAAGUCUCAUACGUAAAAGCUAUUGACGUUUGGUAUUUACAGCAAUUCACUCAUUACUUUACAGCAAUCGACGUUUGGCUAGCAGCAUGCUUGAUCUUCGUCUUUGCUGCAUUGAUCGAGUUUGCUUACGUCAAUGUGUUUUCACGUGUAGAGAAGAGACGUCAGAGCACCAGACGUGACGUCACAAUACCUCAACCAACAAACGGUCAGAAUGGAAAUGAAAAAGAUAUAAAAGUUGUUUUCGAGAGGAAGAAGUCUAGAUUUAAUAUGUUUGCACCAAGUCGAGAAAAAGCCAGAACAUUUGAUCGAAUAUCAAGAAUCGCCUUUCCAACAGCUUUUCUGGUAUUCAAUCUCAUAUAUUGGAGUGUAUAUAUAUUUUGGUCACCUGACCCUUACAACAUCACGUGACCGGAAAUUGGAACGAAUUGUGGACUAAAUUGUAUGGCAUUAGAGAUGUGUCGCUAAGCGCUCAAUUUAGCUAUUGUCCCGGUUUUUCUUUAUUCCAUGUUUUAUAAAUAAUGCCUCGGAAUCUAUUUUUUUUUUCAUGAGGCACACUGUUUAAAGUUUUUUCUUUUCUGAUCUUUGAUCAAUAAAUAUUAAAUUUCUUUUACUUUCCUAGAUAAAUAUAUGUCGUACAAUUACCUAACUUUUAAAGUCUUAGACAUUGAUUCGCCAUUUUUAUUCAUGUUUCAUAAACACACAUGACUGUAUUUUGAAACCUUAUAUUACUUCCUAUGAUAUUGUUCUAUUGGUGUAAUGCGUUUCAACGUUGUUUUUAGAAGUUCAUAGUUCAUGUUUCAUUAAGCAAUUGUUAUCAGGAGGGAAUAAAAAGAUUAAUUGGGCUUCACGUCAAGACAUUUUUAAAGGCCCAUUUAGACCCAAAAUGCUAUACUUAGUCAUUAUUUUACUUUUUUGAUCUUUGGCAAAUGGUAUGAAUAUAGUGAUCACGUACUUUGUAUGGAAGUCAAAAUACUUCUUUGUUUACUAUUUGCCACCUUUACGACAUAAAACUGCACAAUUAAUGCUGUAUUCUUCUUUUGUUUUGCAUACCAUGCUUUAAAUACAUUGUUAAUUAAAAAAAACAUUAAACACAUAUUUGACAUUUCUAAAGAAUUAAAAAGUUAUUGAUUUGAGAGGCAUAAUGUGCCUUUUUACUCUGAUUAUAUGAGCGGAGACGUUUUCAUUUAGUAAAUCUAUGCUUGCAUUAUAACUAUUGAAUGAUGAAAUGUAAUCUCAAAGAAGAUUAAAAGCUUUGAAAUAUUUAUACAGUGAAACUAUCGAUGGAAGAAACCGCAUUUCGGUCAGAUAUAUGUUAACACGGCCAUAUAAAGAAUAAAAUGGUGGUUUCCUAACUUGACCCGCGUGGGUCAGGUAAGAGCACUAUGAUUUUGCAAUAUUUGUGAAAGUGAACCCUGGAAACGUUAAAGAACAUGUCAAAUGAAUGACAUAGACUUGUUUUAAUCAUACAAUAUUCAAAAUAUCUGUUAUUGUAACUUUAAGGGUUUGUUCAAGUCACCUGACUUGUUUUAAAACUAUUUGCUGAUUCUAUUGGCGUCUAAAUUGUGUUCAACAUAUAUAGAUAUAUUUCACUUCAAAUCCAAAAUAUAUAUAAUUAAAACAGAAAAUCAUGCUGAAACUUCAAGAAAUGUCAUUUUAGCCUGAUUUGAGUACAUAAGAUCAUUUUAAUAUUUUUGUCAUUAUUUUGCCCGAAUAACCCUUUAAAACUGGCGCCAAACUUAGCUAAAGACAUAAACAAACAGAACUGACUUGUUCUGAUAUCGUGGGAAAUUUCAUUGAGUGUUUUAUCUUAAAUUCAUGAUAUCUUGAUACAAUUUGUUUCUUUGGAAUUUUAUUUUAACCGGGAAAUAUAAAAUAGAGAAAUACAGAAUCCCUCAAGAAAGGCCAACACGGCAAAAUUGAAAAUGCUGCAGGCUUGAUUUGAUUGAGCCUGUUCAUGGACGGUACUUGAAAGUUGUUGUCUACCCCCUUUAGCACAGACUUAAGCAGAAUUCAAGGACAGAGCACUGCUCGCGGGCAUCUCCAUCCUCGCCCCUAUAGUAUCUAGCCACACAAAACCCUUAUAGAUUGCUUUCUUACAAUUUGCAACUUGCUGUGCAAUAGAGAAUCACAUAAUGCAUUACAGCACUUCAUAUUUUAUACUGUUUUAAUAUAUUUUUGACAAUGUAAUAUUACCUUUCUAAAAAGAUAUUGACCUUAAAUAUUAGCUUUCAAGCACAGUAUCAUAUACAACACUUCAUAUUUUGUACUGUUUUUUAAUCUAUUUUUGACAAUGCAAUAUUACCUAUCUUAAAGAUAUUGACUUUAGAUAUUGAAUUUAAAGCACAUUAUAGGUUGUUUUAAAUUGAUAUAUGUGUGUAUAUUUAAAUUGAUGCACAAUUAAAUAAUAAAUAUUUUUAAUAAUA